AACGUCCUGACAAUUUUUUUUUUAUCUUUUAAAUUAACUAGAUAAAAUGACAAGCAAUACCUGCCUGUAAGACAGUACUGAGGGCGAAGAAACACGAUUAGCAAGACGGGAUGCAUGACAUUGCGGAAGGACUAUUUUUUGUAUAUCUCACAUACUCGGAAUUAGGAAAAGCUUUUCUCCUCAAGAGACACUCAACAGGCUGCUCAGAAGCCAUCCGGCAACUCAGGAGAUCCCACCGAGAUGGCUCAAGCUAAUAUCUCUGUGACUGAGGGCCAGUUCAGGUGUCCAAUCUGCCUGGACAUCCUGAAAGACCCGGUGUCCAUCCCCUGCGGACACACCUACUGCAUGGUGUGCAUCAACAACUUCUGGGACCAGACCGAGUCAGGCCAGUUCAGCUGCCCUCAGUGCCGGGAGACUUUCAGUCCUCGACCGGUGCUGCGGAAGAACACGGUGCUCACAGAAGUCGUCGAGAAACUCAAGCUACACGAGAUGGUCCGGGCGCCGGAGCUGUACUUUGAAGGAGAAGGGGAAGUGCCGUGCGACCUCUGCCCGGCGGAGAGCAAAAUGAGGGCGGACAAGUCGUGUCUUGUCUGUCUGGCAUCUUUCUGUGCUCUCCACCUUCUGCCGCACCGUGAGGUUGGCACUUUGCGAAGGCACAAGUUGGUGGCUGCGGUGGUGCAUCUGGCGGAGAAGUUGUGCGCGCAGCACCGACUGGGUUUGGAGCCCGCGGGAAGUGGCUCCGAGGCGGAGACCGUGCUUCCAUGGAGCGGGGACUGCCUGCUGUGCGAGGCUGACCAGGAGGAAGUAAGAAAUAUGGAGGGACAGCGAGCCAAGAGACAGCUGAAGCUCCAGGAGUUUCAGAGAAUGGUCCAAGGAAGAAUACGAACAGGAGAGCAAGAGUUAGAAGAGUUUCAACAAAACUUGGAGUCCCUCAAGGUGUCAGCAGCAGCAGUUCUGGAGGACAGUGAAGCCCUGUUUGCUGACAUGGCCCUCCACCUGGAGAAAACAAAAACUGAGGUGCGAGCAAUGCUUGAGGCGAAGGAGCGAGUGGUGGUGGGACGAGCCGUACGAGACAUAGACCAGCUGGAGAAAGACCUGGUGGAGCUCAAGAAGAGAGAUGAAGAGAUGAGCCAGCUGCUGCAAACAGAAGACAGUGUCCAUUUCUUACAGGCGGCCCCUCUUCUCUGCAUCCCACCUGCUUGUGAUCAGCACUACAGGGCCUCUCGUCUGCCCACCGAGGCCUUCAGCAGUGCCAGAAGAGCGAUGUGCCACCUCCGUAGCCGUGUGGAAGAAGUCUGCCGGGAGGAGAUUGACAAGAUCAGUUCUGCAGUUAAUGAGAGCUAUGUCCCGAGUAGAGAGUAUGUAAUAGGUGGUCUGAAUCAUGGUGUAGAGAACUGCAAACCUCAACAACUGCAACAUACUAGUAGAGCGGUGCCAGUCUCGUUCCCUCUGUCCACUGUGUCUCUGCAGCCAGCUGAUCAGAGGAUGAGAACAUCUUUCCUUAGAUUUUCAUCGCAUCUAUCACUGGACCCCGAUACAGCCCACCCAUCUCUGGUUCUACUGGAUGGACCUCAGGGUGUCCAUUGCGGUGAGGAGCCACAGUCCUAUCUCCCUCAUCCCCAUCGUUUUGAUUCAGUGGCACAAGUCCUAUGCAGGGAGGGCCAGUUCAGUGGUGCCAGCUAUUGGGAGGUGGAGUGGAGGGGGGUAGGAUGGGUCGACAUUGGUGUCACCUACCGAGAAAUCGGACGCAAAGGUGGUGGAAAGCCUUGCCUGCUUGGGCGCAAUGAGAACUCUUGGCGACUGAGGUGUUCACAUGCUGGAUAUGCUGCAUGGCACGAUAACCGUAAGACCACAGUGGCUGCACCACCCUGCCCCAGGAUCGGUGUUUUCCUAGAACACCAAAAAGGUGCCUUGUCCUUCUACAGUGUGUCGGACACGGUGGUGCUUUUGCACACUUUUCGUUGCCAGUUCACUCAACCGUUGUACCCAGCUUUCCGUCUGUAUCUGGACUCAACGCUGCUGAUCUGCCCUAAUGAAGAAGAUAUCACUAAUACAACCUAACUGUGCCUCCCUACGCAUCAGGGACCCUUCUGCUGCAGGACGGGCUUUUCACUGUGAUGAUGGAUGUAACACUAAAACUUAUAAAGAGAACACACAGACAUCAUGACAACAAAGAAAAAUCUCAGGAUUAAAUGUUUUUCUUUUACAUCUGUUUACUGGUUUUCUUCAUGAGUUCCUGUAUCUCAUUUUUAAAUCUUUAACCCUAACUCCAAAAAAAGGAAAGUUGAUUAAAAUGUGAAUAAAACCGAAUACAAUGAUGAAUUUAUUCAGAAUUAAAUAUAGAAAACAUUUAAAAGAAAGUGGAAUAUUUUUACCAUUUAAUAGAAUAUUAUGGCUCACCUUGAAUUUGAUGGCAAUAACAUCUCAAACAAGCCUGGAUGAAGCAACAAAAGGCUUGAAAAGUAAGUGGUACUAAAUUAAGCAUCUGGAGGAACAUGUGCUGGUUCGUAGGAGGGCAAAUCCCCACUUUAAUCACGAUACAAUAUAUUGAUUUAAUGGAUUGCGAUUUGCUGUUUACUGAUAUCUCAAAUUCAGUUAUGAUCCGAUUUUGAUUCGAUUCAGUUUAGGAUCCAUGGUGUCAAUAAUAUCACAAGUAUCUGAACACAAUCAUUCAUCCAUUCAUAUCAAAAUCACAAAAAGCAACUAGAAUAUCAUUUAACAUUUUAUUCCUGAGCUUGAGUAUUUAAGUUAAUCCAAAUAAAAACGAUCUGUAUUUACUGCAAAGACAGUAAUAAAUGUAAAACAUCAUGCCAGGGGAACUCAAAGUACAGCCAUUUUCAAAAUAAAAGUGCAUUUACAAAUUGUUAUUGAUGUUUUUUUUUUUUUUGUUGCUUUUUUAAUGAUGUUUGCAUUUUGGAUCGGUUUCAUUGACUCAUUGAUCAUAUGAUUGAUGUAUUGCAACCCUACUGGUUAGGUCAGUAACAUAAUUGAGGUAUAAAAAGAGCACCUUAGAGAGGCAGAGUCUCUCAGAAGUGAUGCAUUUUAAAGAUUCCUUUACAAGAUUGUAUCCCGAUGACAUAUUCUUGGAAGGGCUUGUGCAUUUCAGGAAAACAAUGCUAAACUGCACACUGUAUCUACAUUUCUCACUUUCAGCAUUUAAAGCUGCAUUUCUUCUGCUUUCUUUUCCCAUUGAGAAUAAGACCUUUGCUUAUAAGAUGUAGUCUGACGAAAUCUGUGCAUUCUGUUUUUAUUUAUAUUUUACAGUGUUCCAACUUUUUGCAUGUUUUUAUAAGCUUUUGGAUCACUGUCAGAUUAAGCUGCACUAAGCACAUUACAGCUAAACAGCUGAGCUCUGCUUUCUAAAAAUAUCUUUAAAAAAGAGAAAAUUAAGUGAAGCUAAAUAUUUUCAUUGCAAAAUGCAGGUUUAGCUUUUUGUCAGAUGGACUCCAGUGAAGAGCAGCUUCAUACGAGCAAUGGAUGAAUGUAGAGGGAUUGUGACUUCCUGGAGUCCGAGUGGUGAUGUUGAAGGAUUAGGAAUUAAUUGAGACAGUUAAGGCAUUAUAGAAAGCCCAGAUUAGAAAUAAGGAAGGCCUGAAAGGCUAAAUAAUAAUACAGUUCGAACCAAAAGGAAGACUGGGUUAUAGAUUCAGAAAUUUGAUUUAAAGAUGUUCAUUUUCUAACAAUGAAUAUUAUGACUUUCCAUCAAAGGAAGGCGAUGGUGUUUAUAACCUGAAUAUUGAAUGGGAUCUUUUUGGGUGCCUGUAUGGCAUGCUGUGUACACAGUGUGACAAAGAGCCAAAAUGCAAACGUAAAGAUACCAAUAUGCUGUGCUUUAUUUUAUUCUUUAUUUAUAUUGUUCGUACUUUGAUAUACAUACUUUCAGAUUUUUUUUUUCUGUGUUGUGUCAAAGUGGAUCAUUUUUUUCUUUGUUCUUCUGCCUCAGACACACCGACUUGUAGUUUGGGAAAACAUCCAUCCAUCCAUCUUUUUUUCAUAUAUAUCUCAUAUCAUAUUUAGGUUUGGUAUUUUGUUUGUUUGUUUUUCAGUUUACAGAGCUAAGUCUACGUGUGCGUACUGUUUUUUCAAAGUCAAAUGCCAUAAAAAACAAAAGUAAUGGUCCCAAAACAACUGUCAUAUGUGUCCAGUCAGUUAGCUCCUGCCAGUUAGCCUAGUCCAUAUCUGUCUAGAAAAAAUCUAGAUGUCUUUACACUAUAUCUAGUAUCUAUUGUGGUUUCAACGAAACCUUGUGUGAAGUAGCAAUCUUUACUAUUUGUUUUGGUAAUUGUAAAGAUUUCUAUUUUUGCAAGACAGAUUCUUCUUUGCUGUUUUUAUCCGUUUCUUCAAAUCUGCUGCAGAAAUUGCCGUUUCUAUUGUUGCUGAAAGUAGACUUUAAUAAUUCUGGCUAAACAUUUAAAAUCCUUCAGACACUGCAGUAUGAAUGAGGAUUUCUCAUGGUAUCAUAGCACUGCAGGAUAAAACGAUUCUUAAGAGUAAGUGCCUAAUACAUAUAUAUACAUAUAUAUAUAUAUAUAUAUAUAUAUAUAUAUAUAUAUAUAUAUAUAUAAUUUCUGUGGGUGUUAAAUGUGAGGAAAGAAAAAUUCAGAUGUGAGAUCCUGUCACUGUGGACUCUUUACUGCUUCCUCUUCCUGGACUAAUUGAUCCACUUCAAACAACAACUGUGAUGCAAAUUUCCAUUAAUCCUGUCUUCCAUCUGAGGACUUUAACUACUGUCAUUUGUCAGUUGUCUUUUAUGUUAUUCUCAUAAUCUUGAUCAAGAAAAACUGUGCACUGUGGGAGGCUGUUUGAUUAUGUAUAAGACUGAAAUCACUGCUUUUUUCAGUCUGCUGAAACCAUCUUAAGAUUGCUGUUUGACAGCAAACUGACAUGUCUUGUUUUUAUAUUCAAAAUGUUCUAUUUUUUAUUUAUUUGUUUGAAAUGUAUUUGUUCGAAAAUAAAAUAAUAUCUGGAAAAUUAUCAGAGCUAUUUCUGCUACAAAGUGCAUUAUUCUGCUACAUGUAACAUGAAGGAACUGCCUGUUCUGGUAUUAAAAAUGUUGUAUUCCUGUAUUUCUUGACCACAUGUAAACUCAUUGUGCCUCUGUUACUGUUUUCUACAUAUGACUGUGAAAUAAUUGAGGAACUUUUCAGAUGAGUUUAUUUCAC